AUGAUGGGAUCAAAACAAAUGCCUGAUCGCAAAGAGCUUCGCGAUUACAACUACGCUGUCGCCGGCCAUGCCGGCACGCUUUGUACCCCCGAUGGCGAGCUAUUCAUCAAGCCUUGCACACAGUCCGAGAUCGAUUUCUACCAGUCUGCUAAUCGAAGACAUCCCGAGUUCGCCGAUAUAAUGCCAUUGUUUAUGGGAUCCCUCCUCCUUACCGACCCUACUGAGAAGACAAUAGACGAGGCUGUGGCUGGUGUUAUCUCCCACGCUGGAGAUCUCAAGACGUCAAAAGAAGAAAUUGUCGCUUCGGUGACCGAACAAGUUGCUCACGCUACAGCGACACAACAAAAAGAGGGCGCUUGGGUCCCAGCCAAGGAUAACAAGAUCAAGACCGAUAAGGCGGUUGUGUUGGAUAAUGCUACUUUUGGUUUCAAGAGCCCCAACAUCCUCGAUGUCAAGCUGGGAGUAAGACUCUGGGCUGACGAUGCCCCUCAACAAAAAAAGCAGCGCUUCGACAAGAUCUCGGCCGAGACGACACACGGUAGCUUGGGAUUCCGGAUAGCAGGAAUGCGGGUCUACCGCGGAUCAGAGGAUGCUUCGGAACUAGACGAGGAAAACUACAAGAUCUACGAUAAGGAUUAUGGCCGAACAACAGUCACCCAAGAAAACGUCGUGGAUCAGUUCCGAAAAUUCAUCUUCAACAAAAGCGCUGGCAUCGAUGAAGAUCUCGGCAAGGCUGUUUGCGCAGCAUUUAUCCGCGAUCUCCAAAGAGUCGAAGAGAUUCUCUCACGACAUGAAAGCCGAAUGUACUCGUCUUCACUACUAUUCAUCUUUGAGGGCGAUGGCGAAGCCCUCCGAAGCGCCAUUGAAGAGAACAACGCACUCAUCGACGCAGAGGCAGGUAUCGGCCAAGCAGCUCGAACUACCAAGAGGGUUGAUAGCGGCAUCGCUCUGGACGACGAAGACGAGCUAGACGAAGACUCGGACCUCGAGACCUCCCUGCCACAAAUAUACUCCCUGAAACUCAUUGACUUUGCCCACGCCGAAUGGACCCCCGGCCAAGGACCCGACGAGAACGCCUUGACAGGUGUGAGGAGUCUUUUACGCAUCUUCCAAGAGAUGGCGUAA